UACCUCUACACGUGCAUAUCGUUUUAAAUUAUUUACUUUUGUCUUUGCUUUAUUCGAAGCCCAUUUAUUUAUAAAAUUGGUGAAGGCAAUCUACAGUUUGUCGGGCAUGGAAAACAAAGAGCAAAAAGCAACAAACGAUGCGGAUGCCGAAAUCGAUGUCAUUCAAAGUUCUGAUUCAGAAUCUAAUGAUGACAUGGAUGAGGAUGACAUGGGGGAUAGCGAAGGGGAACCAACAACCUGUUUAUUUUGCUCAACAAUUUUUCCCGCCAUUGAGCAAGCUAUUGAACAUUUGGACCAGGAACACAAGCUAAAUUUACAGAGCCUGCAGCAGAAAUUUCAAAUGGACCAGUAUAGCUUUCUCAAGCUUAUUAAUUACAUACGCAGUGAAAGGAUAAACGUCGAUGAAUUGCUAGCAACAGAGCGGAUUCUAUGGAGCGAUGAGAAAUACUUGAAGCCGCUCGAGUACGAACCUUGGCUGUGCUUCGAUUAUGAGACGCUCAAGACUGAUGUUGAGGGCCAACAGCAGCAACCGCCGACUGUUCCAGAGCUAUUGCAACAAUUGGAGGAGCAAGCAAAGCUGCUGCAACAAGCCCAUGAAGACAUGCAGCGUAUGCGUGAGGAUUACAGGACGCUCUUGGAAAAGGUGCAUAGUAACGAUAUGGGUGCAAAGGCAAAAACAAAGCCAGUGCAAGAGCAACCGAAACCUAUUGCCAAUGGUGUUGUUCGCAACAAGGAUACAUGGGACAAUGAAUAUUUUAACAGCUAUGCACAUUUUGGCAUUCAUCACGAAAUGCUCAGCGACCAGAUUCGGACCAGCAGCUAUCGCAAUGCUUUGCAACAAAAUAGGGAUUUUGUAAAGGGAAAGACAGUUCUAGAUGUCGGUUGUGGUACCGGCAUUCUCUCCAUAUUUGCAUCACAAGCUGGUGCUGCGCGCGUUGUGGGUAUAGAUAACUCGGAAAUCGUUUACACUGCCAUGGAUAUAGUGAGAAAGAAUAAAGUGCAAAACAUUGAGUUGCUUAAAGGGCGUCUAGAAGACACGGAGCUCCCCGAACCUAAAUAUGACAUAAUUAUAUCCGAAUGGAUGGGAUAUUUUUUGCUGUUUGAAGGAAUGCUGGAUAGCAUUAUUUAUGCACGUGAAACGCAUCUCAAACCCGAGGGUAUUAUUUUACCUAAUCGAUGUACGCUGAACAUUUUGGGCUACGGCAAUGAUCAACUCUAUGCGCAGCAAAUUGAUUUUUGGACCGAUGUCUAUGGCGUGGACAUGACGGAUUUGCGUAAGCGUUCGAUUGAAGAGCCCCUUAUUGAUAUUGUUGAACCAGAAUACAUGCUUACGGAACCGGAGGAAAUAGCAAAUUUUAAUAUGAUGACUGUCGAUAUGAAUUAUUCCAAUUUCACACACGAAUUUCAUUUAAAAUGUACACAGACAGGCAAACUUUCUGCAUUGGUAGGAUAUUUCGAUACAUUGUUCGAGUUGCCUGAACGUGUGGUAUUUGGUACAUCGCCCACGGACUUACCCACACAUUGGAAACAAACCGUGUUCUUCAUAGAUGAGCCGCAGUUUGUGCAAAGGGGUGAGAUUAUCAGUGGUAAGAUAACUUCGCGACGUCAUCAUGGAGACGUUCGAGCACUACACAUAGGAAUUACUAUUUUUGGCAAGAGCUUCAAAUACACCGUGGCCUAGAAGGUCAAACAUUUGUUGACAAAUGUAAACAAAGAAUUGUAAAUUAUAAAAACUUUGAAUAAAUUAAAAAACAAUGGAUUUAUAUA